AUGUGGUCUUCUGAGAGGGCGAUCUCAAAGAAAACUCCAGGUGUCUACGAGGUGGAUGCUUAUUCAGCAAUAUCUGCAAAAAUUGACUCUCUUCAUCAAAAAUUUGGAAACUCGGAUGGGGCAGCUAGCCAUCGCAUUGACUGGCAGAACGCCAGACUGGAUGUGAUUGGAGAGACAUCUUCCCCCGCUGAAGAAGAGACUGUUGUAAAGGAAUCAAGUUCAAAGGAAAAUUUAGAAAAGUCACAGGACAAGGCCAAAGUCACAGACAACCCCUACGAGCCUACGAUUCCCUUUCCACAGCGCUUGAAGAAGCAAAAAAUGCCUAGCUACGCGAAAUAUCUGAAGGAUAUCAUAUCAAAUAAACGUAAGCUGGAAGACCAUGAGGCAGUUAUGCUUACGGAGGAAUGUAGUGCCAAAAUCCAUAAUAAGCUCCCACCAAAACUAAAAGAUCCAGGGAGUUUUACUGUUCCUUGCAAAAUCGGUGAAAUAUAUUUCGAUAAAAUAUUAUGUGACCUCGGUGCAAGUAUUAAUUUAAUGCUUCUGUCUGUUUUCAGAAAACUUGGCUUGGGAGAAGCUAAAGCAACCACUGUGACACUUCGCUGGUUGACAGGUCACUGA